GAAUGUUCCAACCUUUCCAAAAAUAGAUUCUUCUUAAGGUCAUGAUCCUGUAAACUCUUAAACAGAUCAUGGCUCCUUGGCCUGAGUUGGAAAACUCUCAACCCAAUAACUAUACUGACGACUCCUCCAAGAAAAACAAGGCCAUGUCUGAAAAAGAUGGAGAAAAUCACAAAGACAGUGUGGAUUCACUUCAAAGUAAAGGUGGACUUCAGCCUGCACAUUCCAACAUUGCCUUGAUAGAUGAUCCAGGGCAAGAAGAAGAUCCUUGGAGUAUGCCAGUGUUACAGGACACUGGGGUCAAGUGGUCAGAUAUGGAUAACAAAGGAAAAAUAUGCUCUGUACUCACAGGGAUAGCAAAGUUUAUUAUCCUGCUUGGACUACUCUACUUCUUUGUGUGCUCCUUGGAUAUAUUGAGCUCUGCCUUCCAGUUGGUAGGAGGUAAAGCGGCAGGGGACAUUUUUCGAGAUGGUUCUGUGCUGUCAAACCCUGUUGCUGGUUUGGUGAUUGGAGUUCUGGUAACUGUCAUGGUACAAAGCUCUAGUACUUCCUCAUCCAUUAUAGUCAGCAUGGUGUCUUCUACAUUGCUGACUGUAAAGGCUGCUAUUCCUAUCAUAAUGGGGGCAAACAUUGGUACCUCCGUCACAAACACAAUUGUGGCACUUAUGCAAGCUGGAGACAGGAAUGAAUUUAGAAGGGCUUUUGCUGGAGCUACAGUUCAUGAUUUCUUUAACUGGCUCUCAGUGUUUGUGUUGCUGCCCCUUGAAGUAGUGUCUGGUUAUCUUUAUCGCCUUACUAAUGUUAUAGUUGAAUCCUUUAAUCUUGAGAGUGGUGAAGAUGCCCCUGAGCUGCUAAAAGUCAUCACAGAUCCUUUUACAAAGCUUAUCAUCCAGCUUGAUAAAUCAGUAAUAAAUGCAAUUGCUACAAAUGAGGAAGGAGCAAAAAACAAAUCCCUGAUAAAGACUUGGUGCAAAACUAAAACGAAUGUGACGCUGCAGAAUGUCACAGUUCCGGCCUCAGAAAACUGCACAUCUCCUGCCUUUUGCUGGACUGAUGGAAAUUUGACCUGGACCAUCAAAAAUGUGUCUCUCUCAGAAAAUAUUAAAAAAUGCCACCAUCUUUUUGCAGAAACAAAUCUUGCUGAUCUUGCUGUCGGUCUCAUACUGCUUGCAGCGUCACUGAUAAUUUUGUGCACCUGUUUGGUCCUGAUAGUUAAGUUAUUAAAUUCUGUGCUUAAAGGACAAGUGGCCUCAGUUAUCAAGAAGACGCUCAAUACUGAUUUCCCAUAUCCUUUUUCUUGGAUAACUGGAUACCUGGCUAUGCUUGUUGGAGCUGGCAUGACCUUUAUUGUUCAAAGCAGCUCUGUUUUCACAUCUGCUAUUACACCACUGGUUGGUAUUGGUGUUAUAAGCAUCGAACGUGCUUACCCUCUUACAUUAGGGUCUAACAUUGGUACGACCACGACUGCUAUACUUGCUGCUUUAGCAAGUCCAGGCAGUACAUUAAAAUAUUCAUUACAGAUUGCUUUGUGUCACUUUUUUUUCAAUAUUUCUGGAAUUAUUCUGUGGUACCCGAUACCUUUCACCCGGGUACCAAUCCGCCUUGCAAAGAGCUUGGGGAACAUAACAGCCAAGUACAGAUGGUUUGCUAUUUUUUAUCUGAUCAUUUGCUUUUUCCUGAUCCCAUUGGCUGUGUUUGGUUUGUCAGUAGCUGGCUGGCAGGUCCUCCUGGGAGUUUGUGGUCCCAUCCUACUCGUGUUGAUUGCAGUGAUUGUGAUUAACGUUCUGCAGUCCAAACGGCCAAAUAUAUUGCCUGCAAAGCUCCAAAACUGGGAUUUCCUUCCCAGGUGGAUGCACUCCUUGAAGCCAUGGGAUAACGUAGUAACUUCUGUACUCUCCUUUUGUGGGAGAUACUUCUUCUGCAACAAGUGCUGCAAAUGCUGCAAAGUCAACACCGAAGAUGUUGUGAUGAAAGACAAGCAGGAAAAGGCUAUGGAAGUUUAUGAGAACAGAGUUGAAUUGUCUGAUGAAGAAAAUGGUAUUAAAAAGACACAACUGGCAGGUGAUUCUGAGAAAACCUUCUCCGACAACACAGCCUUCUAGUAGGGGAUCAUUCUGUAGUAGCAAAGAUACAGUAUAAGACAAUCAAUUUCUUGAAAAUCAACUUGGGCAGUACACUGAGGAAUGAAUAAAAACUCAGGUUCUUGUAUCCAGCAGUAUACUACUCAUCCAGGAAUGCAGCAGAACAAAUUUUACAGGGUUCCCAGAAAGUCUAAGAUCAAGUAAAAAGCUAAGGAUGAACAUGAAUUCAAGGCCAACGGUACCAAACAAAUAAAUGUUGAUAUACUGUCUGAUUAACAGAAAGGCUCCAAUGAGUUGAGAGACAUAUGGACUUUAAAAAAAUCCACUCUGUAAUGUGCAGAACAUUCUUCCUGAAUUUCAGGGAUAUUAAACCAAACUCAGCUUAUGAAAUCACAAAGUUUCUGGAAGAAUAAAAAAAAAACCAGAAGAAUGAAAAUGUUUUCAUGUAUUCAUUUCCUGUAUUCAUUUCCUGUAAUGUUAGAAAGCUUGGUUGCUGUAUUUUGUGACUUCUAGCUGAAGGCUAAAAUUUAAAUAUUUUAAAUUACUGGUGCACUUGCCUUUUCAAAGUGUGAAUUGGUUAUGGAUUGGCUUCCUACUGAAGAGCUUGCAGGAAACUCUGCUAAACCACAAAAUAGCCUUUCAAAAUAGCAGAAAAGUUUGUUAUUCAAGCAAUAAAAGCAAGGAGAUUUGAGAUUCAGCAUUAUGUCUACUGCAAGGUUUAUGAUAAGAUCACACCUUUUAAAAUAAGUCUGUUAAUACCUACUGUAGAGAAAAUGUGUGUUAACUGUGCCACUCACAGCAUGGCCUACUUAGUUGAAAUUAGCAUAAUGUCUGGAGUGAAUUUAUACCAUCAGUAUUAUAUGUGUGCAUCUUUGGAAUCCAAAUCUCUAAUAAAAACCCAUAGGUAAAGUAAUCAUACAGCACAUGCUGGGAAGCCCCUUGUCCUCACUCUGUGUUGGUGUUAAUGUUUUAAUAAGUGCCCAUAUAGACUAGUCCACAUCACGGACUGACAAAUUUCAGCAUUUCAGACUGAGCCAUUUCUGAAUGCUUCAAACUCUUCAAAACAUAGUGCACUUUUGUUGGCUUUAUGUAAUUUAAAAAUGACCAAAUCAUGGGAGAGGUAGUGGGUGAGGACUGGAAUGUAUGAAAGUUGACAAUUGUGAGGGGUGUAAAACUAUGCUAAUUUUUAGUGUCUAUAACUGAGUUAUAGAAGAGACUUAUAAUGGAAAUACUGACAAGACCCUUCAGUGUAGCAUAGCUACUCAUUGCUGCUAAAAUAGAUUUACUGCUGAACAAGUUUGUUAUUGUCUUAAUGUUAUGUAAUUUAAUAGGCAGAACUCAGUUAUAAUGUAAAUAUGUACAUUUUGGGGGAGAAAAGUUUAAAUUGACAUGCUUAUAAGCUGUGUAAAGUCUCAUUUUUCAUAUUAUAUUAAAUUUUAUUCAGACUGAGUUUUUCAUUUUUUCUGUUACUGAGAGCCAAUGACAAGAUGCUAAGCAUGGUUUCAGUUUGUAUCUGUUAGCCCAGAUGGGAUUUUCAAAAAGACUCACUGUAGGCCUAACUCUGCUCCACUUGAUCUGAGGAAGUGGGUCUGGCCCACGAAAGCUCCUCACCUAAUACACCAUCUUGUUAAUCUUUAAAGUGCUACAUAGUUCUGUGUUUUGUUUCAGCUAGACCAGACUAACACGGCUGCAUCUCUAUCACUAUUCUCGAUGUCAAUAAGAGAGCUCAGAAUUACAGCCAGCCAUCCUUUUUAGCCUAUUCCUCUUUCUGUUUACUUGAUGUUAAUGUUUAACUUUGUUGUUUUUGAACAACUCUUCUCAUAUGUACAAGAUCUUUAGUCUGCCUCUCACAUUUCUAAUGUGCCCUCACAUGGCUUUAUAUUGCUGGUUUGCAUUUCCUACUCUCAGCUUUGAGACUCAUUAAAUAAUAUCUGGAUGUUCUUGUGAAAUGCUGUCAUAUUUUUCAUUGACUAACUUUAAAAUAGAAGUUUCCUUCUUCCCCUUAUUCAGUUAACAGGGUGGCUAUUUGUUUUCUAGUUUUCAAUAAAGGUUUAAACAAGCCCUCUAACAAAACAUCAGGGUAAGUUAGGGAAAGCAGUUGCUACAAAGGUACUGAAGGAAUUAUGUUUAGGCAUAUCAGGGCAUGUCUACACAGCAGAACUUAACUCGAAAUAAACUAUGCAAAUUGAGCAUGUCAAAUUGAGCUAUG